GUUGAAGGGAAAGCGUAAUAACGCCUCCUGAUAUCGAUAUCGAUAUCAUAUCACAAAAAACAAUAAACCCCAAAAGAAACGCUAAAAACUAGUAGUUUUGUGUGCCAGAAAAACGAAAUUAGCAGCUGGACGUAGCCAAGUUGCCACGUCAACCGACCGACAUCGACACCAGACACCACAACGCCCAGCGCCACCAUGGACAUCAUGGAUAUCCAGGCCGUAGAGUCCAAGCUGAGUGACGUCACGGUGACACCGAUUCCGCGCAGCCAAGUGCAGAAUUUCUACAAUUACCAGCAGCAGCGGGAGCAGCGCGAGCAGCAGCCCCAAAUCCAGAUAUCUGCCAUCCACCACUCGCGUGGAUCCGGUGGCGGAGGAGGCGGAUCCAACUCAUCUAACGCGGCCACCGACUACUCCACGAGCAGCGGUGGCAAGCGGGAGCGGGACCGUUCAUCCGCCAGCGACUACAGCAGCUCGUCCAGCAAGCAGAGCUCCGCUGCAGCGGCCAAUGCAGCAGCAGCUGCCGCCGCCGUCGCUGCCCUCCAAUACUCCCCGCAGUUCCUCCAGGCCCAGUUGGCGCUACUCCAGCAGCAAUCGAACACGACAGCCACGCCGGCAGCCGCCGCAGCUGCGGCCCUCUCCCUGGCCAACAUGUGCUCCAGCAAUGGUGGUCAGCGGAAUUCCGGUGCCGGCGUCUCCUCCACCUCCUCCAGCAGCAAUGGGCAGAGCAUGGGCCUGAAUCUGAGCUCUUCGCAGCUAAAGUACCCGCCACCCUCAACCUCGCCCGUGGUGGUGACUACCCAAACUUCGGCCAAUAUCACCACGCCGCUGACCUCCACGGCCAGCCUGCCCUCAGUGGGCCCGGGCAAUGGGCUGACCAAGUACGCCCAGCUGCUGGCCGUCAUCGAGGAGAUGGGCCGCGACAUACGGCCCACGUACACGGGCUCGCGCAGCUCCACGGAGCGGCUCAAGCGGGGCAUUGUCCAUGCCCGCAUCCUGGUGCGCGAAUGCCUCAUGGAGACGGAACGUGCGGCGCGCCAAUGAGAGGAGGAGACGCUGGCGCCGCAGCUGGCGACGCCGGAGUGAAACGGACCAGGAGGCGAGGAUCAGCCUCACCUAGGUUAAUUCCCCCCAAACAA